AUGGCUUUACCUGGGUCUGUGGAGGUCUUCGACCUUGACUCACGGCAAUGCUUGCUGCCUGGCACCGAGGAAGCUUUGGCGUCUAUUUUUCGACGUGUUCCCUUUGCUGCGCUUCGGCCUGCGCCAGGUCUUCUUCCGCGCCCGGAGCGAUUCGACUUCUGGGUUAGGCAAGGUUGCGUAGGACGUACCCCGUCUCCUGGUGAGACGCUUGUUGUCACUUCCGAUGGGUCGUACUCUCCCUGUGAUGGGGCCACUGGUUGGGCCAUCACGUUCAGUGCUUUGGACGGAUGUGGUCUGCCUGGUCAGUUUUUGGGGUGUGUUGGUGGUUCCCUUCAUCCCUUCACAUCGCAUCUUGGUACUGCUGAUGUUGGACCGGAUGCUUACGAUGCUGAAGUUGCUGGUCUGUUGGUAGGUGCCCUGGCAAUCCUUCAGCUCCCCUUUUGUGGAGAUGUCCUCUUCCGCUCAGAUAAUUCCUCUGCCCUGCACGGGGUGCAGGGUGUCUGUCAGAUGCGGGCGUCGCGUCUCUGUGUGGCUGCCCGUUGCCUGCAUGCCUCUGCCCAGGUUGUCUUGCAGGAGAACCUUGCUUACGCGCAUGUUUUUGGACAUUCUGGAGAUGUGCCCAGCGAGCUUUCUGAUGCUUUGGCCUCUACUUCGGCCCGCGAUGGAGGGACGUCUGUUUUUGGCUGUGAUUGGGAAGCACUGUUUGCGGAUGGAGCUCUUCUGGCUCAGUGGCUCCCCCACUUCUGCAUGGUGCGGCGUCGACCGUCCGAGCUGCCCAGUGUGCAGGAACGGCUCAUGUCUUGGUCCCGGGACCCUGGUCAAUGUUUGCUCACGCCGGAUGAGGCGAUGGCCCCCUUUUUACGCGCCUUUCCUAUGUCUGAUUCGCAUGAUCAGGCAGCAGGUUCUGAUAUGGCACUUACGAUCGCCACUUUCAAUGUUCUCUCUUUGCUCGAUGGGAGGAGUGCGGCCCAACAGGGGCUCCAUGGAGCGAUUGGGAGACCAGCAUUGCUUGCUCGCUCUCUCUUUGAUGCGGGAGUUCAUCUUGCUGGUCUGCAGGAGUGUCGCACCCCGUCGGGGCGUAUGAUUUGUGGUGGAUAUGUUCGCUUUGCUUCUGGUGCAGAUGAGAGAGGCUGUUUUGGUCUGGAACUGUGGGUGAGUGAGCAUGGGCCAUGCAGGCCCGCUUCGGUCACCGUGCUGCACUCGCUGCCUACUCUCUUGAUUGUCAGUUUGGACGUGGGGCACAGUUCGAUGAAUGUAAUGGUUGGUCAUGCUCCACAUCGUUCUCAUACCGCCGAGGCCAAGGAAUCUUGGUGGAAGCAGGCGGCUCAGGCAUGCCUGUCUCAUGCUCGGGGAGCACCCUGGAUCUUCCUCCUGGACGCGAACUGUCGAGUUGGAAGUAGGGAAACUCGGGCGAUUGGGCCACACCAGGCCGAUACAGAAUAUUUCUCGGGUGGAUUCCUCCAUGAUCUCUGUCUGCAGCUGGAUGUAUGGAUCCCGGCCACAUUCAGUAGCUGCAUGGUUGGGGAUGGAGGUACGCUGCUACAAAAGCGAAAUGGUGUGUUGGACCGCUCGGACUAUGUCGGUAUUCCAGAUAGUUGGCGAUCUGGGAGCUGUGCGGCGUGGGUUGACGCGUCCUUGUCGGCAGGGCAUCGAUGCGUGGACCAUCUUGCGGCGAUUGUCUCUGUUCGCCUUAUCUUCGCUGGGCAUGCCAAAGGUCUCCGCCGUGCCCCGCGAUUGGACGCUAAAGCCAUUGGGCAUCCAGACAAUCGCGAUGCGGUGGUCCGGGUCAUCCGAAGCGCGCCUCGGCCUACGUGGGAUCGCGACGUUAGCGAGCAUGCUGCGGUGGUGGUGGAUCACCUGUAUAAAGGACUCCUGGCGCUGUUCCCUUUGGAGAAGAAGCGCAUGCGCGCCUCUUAUUUCUCGGAUCGGACCAUGGCCAUGCACCGAGCGGUGGCUAAUCUGCGUCAUCAUGUCCGCUCGCGGCGUUUAGCCCUCAGGAUGACGUAUCUGCGCUGUGUAUGGCUUGCUUGGCGCAGUGCGGUUGAUUCCUUUACGGAUCUGUUUUGUGGGCGCUGGCUAUGGCAGCUGCGUGUUCGCUUUGCUGGCAGUUGUCUUCUGCUUCACCGUUUUGGGCUGCAGUUGCGGGCGGGCUGUCGGGCGGACAAGGCUGCUUACUUUGAGCAGCUAGCAGAUGAGCUUGCUACGGUGCUUUGUCGAGAGUUGCACCUGGCAGUGCAGCGCGUUUUGAAGCCCAAGAAGUAUCGCAAGUCCUCUAUUGAUCCUCUUCCGGCUCUGGAGCGGUCUGAUGGCACGGUUUGCGGCACUUCACGUGAGGCUGAGGCGGAGCUGCCGGACAUCUUGGAUGUCUCUGAGAUGCCUUCUUGGCUGUCACUCGAGGCUGCCUUUAGACAUGCGGCGCCAAGGAAAGCGGCUGGACCGGCUGGUAAAGCUGGCUGCAGCGCGCUCUUCGGCCACAUAUGCUCCCGCUCUCUGUUGGAGUAUGCUCGGAGGCAGAAGCUGUCUGCUGGUUUGAUUUUUGUCGACCUUGCGUCGGCUUAUUACGCCGUUGUGCGUGAAACCAUUGUGGGUGGCUCGCUUUCCGAUCGACCGAUUUCGGAACUUGCUGGUUCACUGGGCCUGGAGGACACUGACUUGCAAGCUUUGCGUCAUUACGUUUCCUUCGAACCAGUGCUGCAGAGUCAAGAAGCAUCUGAACUGUUGGUGUCCCUCACGCGCGAACUGCACCGUCAAACGUGGUUCGUUAUGGCAGAAGAUAACGGCCUAGUUGCCACCGGGCGUGGCACGCGCCCCGGUGGCACGCUGGCUGAGAUUCUCUUCAACGUGCUGUUCGCCAAAGUGUUGGCGCGUCGGGACUCGGGCAUUUUGCGAGACUGUGUGCCGGUUGUUCCUUGGAGGGGUGAUCGCAACCCCUUUCGCGGUGCUGACGGGGAUGGGGCGCGAGAUGUGCGGAUCAGCGACUUCGUUUACGCUGACGACCUCUGCACGCCUGUUGUCUGCCGUCAAGCGUCUAAGUUGCGGGGGACGGUGUCGGCUGUUACGGCUGAUACUAUGGAUAUUUUGGCUCCACAUGGGGCGGAUCCGAACACCAAGAACCUCCUUUGGUUGGAUUUGGUUCCGAGAUACCGCCACCUUGGUGCACUUGUCUCCUACGAUGGGCGUGUUGGGCCAGAGGUGCGUCAGCGCUUGGCCCUUGCCAACGCUGCGUUCCGAGAAGGCCGCCGAAAGCUUUUUGCGUGCAGGCAGGUUCCUAUGCCUCGCCGGGCGCAGCUCAUGCGUAGCCACGUCCUUUCUGUCUUGUUGGUCGGUGCGGGUAGCUGGCCUUUGUUGGGUAAGCAAGAUUGGCGAUCGUUCUCCGGGGGUGUCCUGGGUUUAUACCGCCAGAUGUUAGGGUUGCGUGCAACGGGUGACUGGCAUGUCACGGAGAGUCAGCUCAUCUCCCGUGUUGGGCUCCCGUCGCCUGCUGCUUUGUUGCACAUUGAGAGGCUCCGCUUGUUAGGUCAGUUAGUUCGCAGUGCCCCUGACCCUGUCUGGGCCUUGCUUGCGUGGAAUCUUCCGUUCCAAGCUGCUUUGAGAGAGUCGGGCGCUUGGUUUCUUUCCCGUGUUGCGGCGACUACUGGCCUAGGGCCCAUCGACACUGACUGGGACUCUUGGGUUGUGAUUAUGUCCCAACAGCCAGGUAGGUGGAAGGGCAUCCUUAAACGUGCCGAGGCUUUUGACCUGGAAUGCUCGUGCUUGCGUGCUACCUUCGACUCUGUCGGAGUGUUUGGCCUUCCCAGCAAUCUGAGUCUGUCUCUCCUCUCGAGGGAAUGGAGCAUGGGUGCCUUGUUUGUGGGGUCGCGUUCCCGACCUUCCGACAAUGGGGCACUCACGCGCAGCGUGUUCAUGGAUAUCGUAAUGUGGCGACGAGGCUUGCCCAGGGCCGACAGUGUGCUGCGUGUGGCACUCUAUAUGCCUCCACUGCUAAGCUUCGUAUCCAUUUCAUUUCCUCCCCUCGAUGCUGUCACUACCUCUUGGAGCACGGAGUUGGGUACUCAGGUUCGGGGCCCGAGGCCGGCUGAGAUCAGUCAUGACCUCUUAUUGGCCCUUCGUGCCGUUACGGUUGCUACUGACCAGGAUAUUUUGGACCUGGUCACUACUUUUGUUGAGCCUUGGCCCGUCCUCCACCGUACGCUCCGUACGUGGUCAGAGGAGGUUCCUCCGGGUCUUCUGGCUGAUGCAAUAGCUGAUGUGCUUCUUGUUUUCUACCCGGAGCAUCUGUGUUCCCACGUGGGGGGCAAGCUGCAGCACCACGGAACGAUGCGUCCUUUUCUUCCUCUCCUGGUGCCUCCUGUUUUCCGUGGCCCUUUUGUUGACCUCCCGGUCUACUGGCACGGAGAUUUGGUUCAGGGUUGGAUUGCUGACUGGAAUUUGGAUGCAUCUUUGUCCCUUCGUGCUGACCUGGAAGAGAUGCCGAAUGCGGGGUAUGCCUGUGGUGGACUUUGUGUUUGCUUGGCUGUUUCCUGCCUCGUUCGCACUGCACAGAAGGGAGCGCCGGUCUUCGUGCGAAUUCCGCUCGCUGCUGGUCAGCUUGAGCCCCUCUCUUCUUGGCUGCUUGCCAUUGCACAGGACUCUCCGAACGAGGAUGCCCGAACAUGUUUCACCGUCGAAUUCGUAGCUAUAGGCACGUCGUUCUGA